AUGCCUGGUCUUGUUAUGUUUAGACGUCGUUGGCGUAUUAGCAGUGAUGAUUUUGUGCUACCAGCCUUGGCUGAGUUCAUUCUGCGGCUAAUAUGGUUCACUGUUGUUCUUGUUGUGUUCCUAAGUCACAGACUACAUUUGGGAUGCAAAGGAGAACAGCUGCUUCAAAUGUAUAUGAUAUUUUCUCUUGCUGGAUUAGGUUUCAUUCUGUUGUUGGAUUUGCUCAUUGCAUGGAUUAGUGCCAGUGGAACUAUAAACCAGCCAAGACCGAGAAGGCAUCUUCCAAAAAUACUUUACCUCCGUUUGUUGGUUAUGAUAGUAGAAGCCGUCUGGAAUGGGUUAGGGACAAAAUGGGCAUUUACCCCAGCAGAUCACCUUUGUGAACCAGAAGAAGUUAUUGUUUUAGUGCAAAUUAUAGCCAUUUGUAGCUGGAUACUACUUGGUAUUAUGUUUCUUGCCAUUCUCUUCACUUUUGACCCCACUGGUACAUACAAAAGCAAUGGAUCUGGACAUCGUGUUGCAGAUGUGGAGCGAAAUGAGCCUCAACCUUUGUAUAUUAAUCUUAAUACAGAAAAUGUUGAGAGAGCAAAGAAAGUAUGGGAGUGGCAGCUUCGCUUCUUUUGCUGUUGCUGUGGAAAGCAGGAUGAAGAUAGCAAGAGUGCCUACUCAACUAUUUCUAAAAUGUUUGCUUCUCAAUUUGAAGAUGCAGAUUUAGUUCCGUCUGAUAUUGCUGUUGGUUUAAUUCUCCUUCAACAAAAGCAAGCUGCAGAAAGUAUAAACAGAGUUUCUACCUCACAGCAUUCAGAAAACUACUCUGUACAGUCCCCUGACUCUUUAACAAGCACAGGAGCUGUUCAGGGCAGUAUCAUCUCUAGUCCAGGAGUGUUUACACCACCUGCAAACCAAUUUUGGAUGACGCCAGAAAUGGCAUGUCAUUUUAUGAAGUUUGCGCUUGGUAGCUAUGGAUGGCCUAUGUUCCUCUAUUCUAACUGUUUUUCAGGCUUGUGCCAAAUUUGGAAGGAAGUUAGGUGUUGCUCUUGCUGUUGUAAGUCGCCAAGCUAUAUUGUUGAUGAUAAUUGUUGCCAGUGCCACACAGCUGCUCUGAAACAUGUUACACGACUUAAUGACGAAGAUUUAAUUUAUGUUUCCUUCCACAACAGGGUAUACGAGAUACCAUUUUAUGUUGCCGUAGACCACCAGACUUGUUCAGUCAUUGUUGCUAUUCGAGGAACUCUCUCGCUGUCUGACACUUUAACAGACCUCACUGCCGAAUGUGAUCGACUCUUCACUGAAGGAUGUCCUCAAAGUGUGUUUUGUCACAGAGGAAUGUUGAGAGCAGCUUACUUUGUUCGAAAUAAGUUGGAAGAAAGUCAUGCCCUUAGUGAUGCCUUUGCACUUCACCAAAGCUAUUCCCUUGCAAUUACUGGUCACAGUCUUGGUGCUGGAACUGCAGCCCUGCUUGCGUUGCUGCUGAGACCUACUUAUCCCAAUUUACGCUGCUUUGCAUUUAGCCCACCUGGAGGACUUUUGAGCCUUGAAGCAGUGAAAUAUUCUGAGGACUUUGUAAUGUCAGUGACUCUUGGAGAUGAUAUAGUGCCAAGAUUAAGUGUGCCAACAGUGGAAGAUAUGAAGAGAAAAAUAAUUUCAUGCAUUAAUGAUUGUGACCAGCCAAAGUACAAAUUAUUUCUUCAUAAAUUAUUGAGCUGUUUUGGUAAGAAUCGGUCUUCAGCAUCUGAUUCCAGUGCUGCUCCUCAGUCAAGGCCAUUGCUAGAACAUUUUGGGCAUGGAAAUUCUAGUGGAAACUAUACAACAAAUAGUUCACAGGAGGGUUCAUCUGAAGGAAGUGUAAGUACAACACAUUCUCGCCAUACUACCCAUGUUCCACUAUACAUUCCUGGCCGUAUUCUACACAUGACUCAUUCUGAAUCCAGCUAUCGAGGAAGGUGGGUCACUGCUGAUUACUUUAACCAAAUAAUUAUUAGUCCUACGAUGAUCUCGGAUCACAUGCCACUAAGUGUGUUGAGUGCUCUCAAACAACUGACUACUACUAGUCCUGGGAACUUCAUUCCAUAACCCACAUCUGAAUGUA